AUGGGUUCCAGUGCGGUCAACGCUGUUCGCGCCGCUCCAAGAGCAUCAUCAUGGCGCCCUCCGAUUUUCGCGCUUCUUUCUAGGACGCUUACCUGUGUGAAUCGCGAGGAGGCGCAUAGCGUGGAUGAAGUGCAGCGCUUCUACAUGCUGCUCCGCCCGCUGGACAGCGGUGAGCGCGGAGAUGGCGGGGGGAAGGCGGAAGAGGCGGAGGAGGCGGAGGGAAAGCUGCUGCCCACCACAUCGCACCGCUCACGACCGCAUUGGGGCUAUGUGGAUGCCGUGUCACCCCACGUGAAGGACAUUAGGGCAGCUCUUGAGGGAGACACUUAUGAGACCAAGACACGUGGCACACAGCAUGUGGCAGCAGCGCGGGCAGCAGCAGCGGGCAGGUACUUGAUAACACAGGGCGGGGCGGAGCAGGCAGCAGGGCGAGAGGGGGUGGAAGGAGGGGAGGGCGAGCAGGCAGGAGGCAAGGAGAAGGGGGCCAUUAGCAAGGGUAGCCAAGGCAAGAGUGCAGAGCAGGUGAAGGAGGAGCAGGCGGAGGAGCAGCAGAGGGAGCAGCAGAAGGAGAAGAAGAGGGAAGAGGAGAAGGAGCAGGAGAGUCCACAGGAGGCGUUCAACAUUGAGAGGGAAGCUUCAUACGUGCUGCAGGUGAAGAACCCCCUGGCACCCAGCAGGCCGCCCUACCUCGCGCGCCCCUCUGUGCGCCUGCAGGCCUUCCCCCCGCCACUGCAGCACCGCCUCAACGGGCUGCGCUUUGCCCCCGCGGACCCCCCUGCAUUUCUGGACCACCCCGGGUGCGAGGUGCUUCUCAUUGCCGCCUCGGAUGACUUGCAGAGGGAGUUUGGUGGAGAGGUGCAGCGGGAUUUGGCCGUGGGGGAGGGUGAGAGGGGAGUGGGCGGAGUGGAGGGUGGGGAAGAGGGGGAGUUGGGUGGGGAGGAGAGUGGGUAUGGGAGUGGGUGUGAGGGGGAUGAGUGGAUGGGGUUUGUGAGGGAGGGUCUUGGGUGGCGGAGUGAGGAGCUGGUGAAGCCCCUGGAGGCGGGCGAGUGGGCGUGA